AUGCCAGAAUCGCGUCUGGACCCCAAAAACCAGGACGACCUGGCCUCCAAGCCGUCCAUGAUUCUCGACGAGCCCAGCAACAACUCGUCGACCACAGAAACCCCCACCACCACAAAACACCAGUCACUAGCAGGCUACAGCGACAGCGACAAUGAUGGCGACUCCAUUGUGUCCACGUCUUCUGUGGGCGAUAUGGAGGACCAGGGCCUGACUCCGGCCAUGUCACGCAUGUCUGUGGAGGACACAAACACCAACCACAGCGGCUCUGUGUCUGGACCUUCGUCGUCCUCAGCAACUGCCACCUCCACCAGUGUGGGAACCACGCUCAACGCCUCCAACUUCAACGUGGUGCCCCAGAAGAGCACCCACCUGCUGGAGGACCCCAAGCUGCAGGAAAUCAUGCUAUCGGACGUGGGAAUCUCGUCGCUGCUGGCCCGUUCGAAACAGAGCAUUGUGUCGUGCAAGGAGUUUGCGCAAUUCAUCAAAAAGCGAGGAGCUCUAGAACUCGACCACAUUACACAUCUCAAGAAGCUGUCGCGAAACACACGGGACGCCAUCAAACGGCCCGAGCACCGCCAGGGCACCUUCUAUCGCCAGUUUGACGAGAUUGCACGUGUGGGCGAGCGGGUUAGCGAUGUGUCCGCCACAUUUGUCACAAAGCUCAAUGCUAUGAACGACGAGCUAUCAGAGCUAGCCCGAACCACAGAAAAGACCCGAAAGCAGGUCAAGGAGACGCAUCUGCGGCACGAGAAGAACCUGGUGGACCUGGAGCAGGCUGCAGAGAAGGCAAAGUCCAAGUACGAGUCUUUGUACGACGAUCUGGAACGGGCACGAACUGGCGACCCCACAAAGAACAAGUUUGGCUUCAAAACAACCAAAAAUUCGGUCCAGCACGAGGAGGAGCUACAAAGAAAGGUCCAGGCUGCCGACCAGGACUACCAGCAAAAGGUGUCGGCUGCCCAACGGUCGCGACAGGAGCUGCUGCGGGUGCGACGACCUGAAGCAUCACGGGAUCUCAAGGAUCUCAUUUUUGAGUGCGAUAGCGGCAUGUCACUGCAAUUUCAAAAGUUCGCAAACGUGUGCGAGACUCUGGCGCUCAACAACGGUUUUGUGGUUUCGCCUCUCAAGCCUCCCGGAACCUCGACCAACGUUCGUUCCAUGCGAGAAAACGCUGCUCUCAUUGAUAACGAGAAGGACUUCUUUGACUCGGUGAUGGCAGUGCCUCGAAAACAACGGCUUAACAGAGAUGUGGUUCAGUACAAGUCGCGUGCAGGCCCCAAGUCGUCGUUCAACUACUCCAGCAGCAACAACAACACCACCUCGGUUUCCAGGCCGGUCAAGGGCCCGACCCCAUUUGCCAGCUCCUCAAACCCCUCCCCAUUCUCAUCUUCCACUCCCUCUUCGGCAGGUGUGGGACAGCGAAACGUGUCUUCGGGAACCACCAAUUCCGUGUUGCAGCCCCCAGGCGCGUCUUCUAUGACCAGCCUUGCACCUAGUGGAGCUGCUGGCACGAUCGGAGGCAUCGCUGCGUCUCGAGUGGCCUCCACUUCUUCUACCACAGCUCCUCCUCCCAUUCAGCCCACAAUCUCUAUGGACCAGCAGUCGGUGACCUCCUCGGUGGUGCCUACGCAGUUCCCCCCUGGUGUGACGGACUCCAUGCCUGUCUACGGCACUCCCAUCGAGGAUCUUCUCGACUAUGAGGGUGGAACAGUACCGAGAGCAGUGUACCAGUGCGUGCAGGCCAUUGACAAUUUCGGUCUGGAAGUGGAGGGUAUCUACCGAGCCAAUGGAAACAACUCGCAGAUCCAAGAAAUCAAGCAUCUGUUUGACACAGACCCGUCCAAGGUGGACUUGCUGCAUCCUUCAGACAACCUCAACGACAUUCAUUCGGUGGCUUCUGCCCUAAAGCUUUACUUCCGAGAGCUGCCCGACUGUCUACUAACCAAGGAGUUGCAUCAGGAGUUCAUUGAUGGCGCCAUGAUUGAAAACGCGAUACAACGACGAGACGCGCUCCAUGGAACCGUCAACAAGCUUCCCGACGCUAACUACACAACUUUGCGGUACCUGAUUUUCCACCUGUACCGAAUCCAGGAGCGCGAGGCAAUCAACCGAAUGUCGGUGGUAAACCUGGGCAUUGUCUGGGGUCCUACGUUGAUGAACACGGACUACGGCAAUGUGGCCGAGAUGGGCUUCCAGGGCCGAGUCAUUGAGACUAUUCUGGUGAACGCCUAUGUCAUUUUUGAUGCGGAGUAG